AUGAGUGGCGCUUGUUUUUGUAAACGUAUUUUGAAUGUGCCAUUAGCCCUUAUGGAAUGCUGCUAUACCGUUGCGCAUAAAGAAUGUCUCCUAAAAUCUAUAAAAAGUUGUAAGCGUUGCCCUUGCAAGGAAUGUUUAAAGCCGGCUAAAAAAGAAAAUGUUUUACCGUUAACUUUAACUGCACCAGAAAUUAAUUCUCAGAAAAAGGUUCAGUGUGCUUUUAAUGAUUUUUUAACUGGAAAGCCUUCAAAUAAUGAUGGAGAUGGGGAUGGGGACGUGGAUACGUUUAGAGAAUCAAAAUUUCAGUGGAUUAUGCGCUUUUUGAAAAGCAACAAAGUUUCAAUUAUUGUUUUGGCAGUUGCUUUAGGUAAUUUAAAUUUUUUGGAAUGA